UUCGGCCGCAACGGUUGGUUUGGUAAAAAUCUGUGCAAAAUGCCUGCGCCCAGUGUAGCCAGUCUAUUUGUCGGAAUAUUAGUGGGCCUGAUAAUUGGCUACGUCGUUUGGGAAUGUGCCUACGCAUUCAUACCAUCUCUGAGAAAUAAUAAAUAUCACAUUACCGAACGCAUACGAAUGUCAAUACAACCGACCACCGAAGCUGACGAUUAUCGCGAUGACAGCCAAUUAAUCGAUCUCUACAAUUUCACGUACAUCAUGAACCAGCCCAGCUGCACCCCCAACAUCCAUGCAUUGGUACUCGUACCUUCGGCGCCUGAGAAUCGAGAUAAACGCAAAUUGAUACGACAAACGUGGGCGAAUUUCGUCGAGUUGCCAUUACAUAAGAGUAACAUACCUUUUCGUGUGGUCUUCAUGCUAGGCAUCCCCGGCACCGAGACGAGUCAGGCAGAGUUGGAGCGGGAGAAUUUCGAAUACGACGAUAUGGUGCAAGGUUCAUUUGUCGACAGCUAUGAGAAUAUGACAUACAAACAUGUGAUGGCCAUGAAAUGGUUUCUAAACUUUUGUAGUAAUUCCAAGAUUCUCAUUAAAGUGGAUGACGAUGUCUUUCUCAACACACCGCAAUUGAUGAUCUACCUGCACAACACUAUGUUACAUAACCAGCUACCCCAAACGGACAAUCAUGCCGGUGAUCGCGUCACCAACAUCAGCAAACCUCUGAAGCUACUCUUUAGACAACAAAGGGAUCUAUUGUUCUGCAAUCAAAAGAUUGGUGUACGUGUCCACCGUAGUUAUCGUUUUAGGUGGCACGCCAGCUAUAGGCAUUAUCCCAACAAAACUUAUCCACCAUACUGUCCGGGUUAUGGCAUCGUCUAUUCGGCCGAUGUUGUGCGACGCUUGUACAAUGCUGCACAGAGAGCCAAAUUCUUUUGGAUCGACGAUGUACACAUAACCGGUUUAUUGGCGAAACAGUUAAACAUACGGAUUGUUCCAGCGCAGGCUUAUACCGUAUUUUGCGCGAGGAACCAGCCCACUUGUGAUAUACUGCAAGAUAAGUCAGGUGAUUCCGACCCGCUUGAAUAUUUGUUUUCAUAUUCGCCGACCUAUGAGCAAAUGCACAACAUGUGGCAGCUGCACCUUGGCAGGCUGCGAGACUACAUUUUCACGGAUGUGGAGAAGAGGGUUUCUCAUGUUGAUUCCAUUGAGACUGAAUUGUGGUAA